UGUUCUCUGACUUGUCUCUUCAGAUUAGGUUUUGAAUUCCUUUCCCGUGAAAUCUCCUCCCAACACCGAUCAUGAUUUGAAUCGAAAAUCACGGCUAAUCCAUCAUGACACGGGCCCAGUUACCGCCCAAAUUGCAGGGCCGCGUCCGAGGACACCUUCGAGUGCGUUUCGAGGCCAUUCAAGCCUCGGACAGGCCCACACGGGUGGAUAUCACCUGGUGGGGUCAUGCUAAAGCUCAACGCGCCCAUAUCGGACCCGAUGGGAAGGCGUGGCUCGAUUAUGACGUGAUCACGAGCCACGAAAGAUUCCAACAAUACUUGGCAGAUGCUCAAAAGGUCCUUUUUGAAGUCAGGGGCGGGGCUCGGGGGCGGAUUAGCUUAGGAUUGGCUUUGUGGGAGUCGGUAGCUGAGUCACUGAAAUGUCAAGAGGGGAUCUCGAAAACCUUGGACCUUUUUGAUACCUUGAGUGGUCAAUGGACGGGUAAAAUGAGAGUGGGUCUGCAAUUUGGAAACCGGGAAACCUUGGAUGAAACCCCCCUGUGCACUGCCAUGAAGGCCAGCCAACCCCCAAGUCCGGUCAAGAGUGGGCCCAAGUAUCCGAGUUAUCAACCCACCCCCAAGUUCCAUCCACGAAGGAAUCGGAAAAGUCCCAGAAAAGGUGCCACACCAACCGCCGUCUGUCAAUCAUCAUCCUCGGAUUCGUCGUCUUCGCCCCAUUCAUCGCCAUCCAAAGAAAGACCCUUUGAGACCAAGGCCAAAGUUGUGGAAUUCGUGGACAAUGGUGGAAACCCCGCUGAAUCGGGCCCAACGGGCGUGUCUUUCUCUCAAGAUUUCACGGACGACAUCACGGGAUUAAGACGGAUUCUGAAACGAUCGAGAGACAGACUGGAACGGGAUAAACCGGACGGAAACAGACGGACUGGAACAGAGGACUCCAUUAAAUACACAGGGGAUGAAUCUUCGUCCUCGACCGCGUCGAUUCUUUCAUGUCGAGAGAGUCCCCCUGGCAGGCCUAUUGUGACCAGGGUUACCCCGCCUCCUCCUCCUAAUCCUCCGACUCCUCCCACGUGUGGUUUACCGUCGUGGAAUCUCAGUACGUGCCGCCUUCACUUCUUGAGUACAGUCACCCAACUCCAGGUCCAUAUUAGGGGCUUCCAAUUGACGCCAAAUGUCCUUGACAAGUUACAAGCGAGCUGUCGGCCCAAAUGUCCUGCUCGAACCUCGAGCAAGGCCAGAGCUGUCCAAUCAGACACGAAUGAGAUAUUGUCGUUCUUUGUCAGUUAUCAAGUACCACAAUCGCCCCUGCCCAAUCAAUAUUGCUCUCGACGGAUGUUGGGAAAUGGGCAAGUGGUGUUCAAUCAGAAAUCCGCUCAUCCCACCGUGUUCAAACCGGCUACUUUAGACGUUUGGUGGACCUCAAAUAUGACCUUUAAGAUCCACUCACGGGCCCUGAACCAAAGGGUGCCCACCUUGAUCGGCGAGGCCUCCAUUGGUUUGAAGCAUCUGCUCACCGAGCCUCAUAACAGUAAUGGGCAUUGGAUCAAACUGCCCAUUUUUGUGUCCCAAACUCUGGCUAAGAACAUGAAAAGCUCGGGGGAAGGCCUAUGCUCUGAAAUUGUCGGUGAUCUCGAGGUGUCGUUUCUUUUGACCCGAAUCCAAAAUUCUGUGCCAAUACCGAAACCGCUUCAAAGGCCCGUUUCCCCCCAAAUGGCGGUUCGUGACGGUGAAAAGGAUUUCCAUUCUGGCUCUAAAUCUUCAAACCACUUAAAGCAAGAUGGCCUUCAGCUGGGUAUCAAAGCUGUUGAGCCCAUGCCAGAGUUAUCUCCAACAAAGCCCUCCGUCGUCCAAAGUGGAUCUCGGUCCUUUGGUCCUCGAAACGUUUUUGCCUAUUUGAGGAUCUCCGAAGGGAGGGGUUUCCUUUUGACAGAGGAUUAUGGUCAGUCAGUGAAUUCCCUGAACCUGUUUGUUUCCUCGCAUUUCUUGAGCUCAGAUGAUGUUGUGAAAAGUCCGGUGUGUUGGAACACCGAUCGCCCUCAGUUCUCACUGUCCCACUAUAUUCCCUUAUCACUCGAUGAGAAGUUUUUGGAACGUUGUCGCGAGAACUAUUUAGUGGUGGAAGUCUGGAACUACUCUGAGCCGAAGAACUUAUUAGUGGGCUUGAGCCUCCUUCCGUUGCAUCAGUUCCAUCUCGGGUUCCAGGAUCCAGACCGACGUUCGGUACUUUUAGGGUUGGAUUUGCCCGUAAUUGCGGUCAAUGAUUGGAUUGGAGUUAACAGCUUGACGACUGGAAAGGAAAUGGGACAGCUUCGGGCCACUCUCGCUGUCGGAACCGAGACCCAGAUCCACAAAUUGAAGCCUCUUUUGGGAAUGACAAGUGAUAGCAUUGUCGUGAGCGAGAUCAAAACCAGUGCCAGACGUCAGUUUGAGGACUUGAGUGAGCAUUUGUACGAUACAUCGGACAGCGGGGGUCAAGGGACGCCAAAUCCUAUCCAUGACCAUCAUAAGCCAUCACCUCCAUCAUCAGGAUCCACGUUUGCCGACAGGAUUAGGAUCAAGGAAUCUUCAAUGCCAGAUCAUGAGGAGGUAGUGAAUGUCAUGGAUAAUAAUGAAUCUGAAGCCCAUGUUGAUGAUGAUAAUAAUGAAGAGGAUGGUGACGCUUGUCAUUAUCAUGGAGCCAAUGGCGAGGAUGAGUGCAUUUCCCCAAGACAAGCCGCCAUCAAUGACAUGGAAAUAGGAAAGGAAUGGAACGAAAGCGGGUCUCAUGCGUCAUUUCCGCCUCAUUUCUAUGGACAGAUCCUGAUCGAAGAGGCUCGGAAUUUGCCUCGAGUAUUUGACCCUCUCCAAUCUGACCAACGGAUCUUUCCGUCAUGCUACGUUUCGUUUGUCGCCAAGACUGGCCCCACGGAUAAUGGCCAAACGCACAAGGUGGUCGUUUCCAAUUUGAUUCCAUUUUGUCGAGAUCCACGUUGGUGCUUUGAAACGAAAGCUUUGCUAAGUGCAGAUCUCCUUCAAGAUCCCAAAAGGCAAUUCAUUCUCAAAGUUUGGCAUCAUCCUGCCGACUUGGGUCCCAAAUUGGACCCAGAGGCGGACCAUGUCAUUGGUUUCGUUGCCGUGGAUCUCAAACCUUUGCUACUCUCAAGUUUUCCUAUUAUAAAUGGAUGGUACAACAUUAUGGACUUUGUGGGACGUUGCCGUGGACAAAUAUUCGUGAGUAUCAAGCCCCUCGAAGACGUUUGCAGAAUGUAUCGUCAUUUGACUCAUUACUCUCGGAGAGACUCGGAAGAACUGUCUUCCCCGCCAUUGACGAAAAACCCAAAGACACAGUGCUACUACGUGAGUGCAAAAUACCCUAGCUUCCCAAGUCAUCUGGUCCAACAUCCUGAGCAACUAAUAUCCCCAGUACCAACGACGUUCGACAACCCAGUCAACAUCAGCAAUAACAAAAAUAAUGCAACGACAAAGAAAUAUGAUCCCACCGACCUUCAACGCGGUAGGACGUUACUUAGACCAGCAUCUUCAACGACUUACACAUCUGCCAUGUUUGCAGAUACACCAGAGUCAGUUUCCCCCGAGAACCACUCGCACUAUUGGUAUCCUCCCGAGCUUCCCGAAAACAUGGAUCAAGCCACUCAUUCAUUGCUGGAACUUAAAUUGAACGACAUGGACAAAGCGACCAAGUUGCUCAAAAACAAGUUGAGCUGCGGAAACCCAACCUCAGUAAACAACCUUGACAACGGAGUCCAACCUACUAAAUCGUCCAACUCAAGCGACGCACUUACUCAACUGAGCCUCCAAGAACUUCAACACAACAUAUCAACGCAAUUGCGUGAACUCAGUCAGCAAACAUUGGCCACAAGUCUACCCCCCCGUGAAACCAAUGAAUUUGGCGAGGUUGACAAAGAUGUUGAUAGCAGAGAAGAGCGUCUUGUUUUUGCAAAAUUGCCCAAGACUCCAACCAGCGAGCAUGCAAGUGCACCCAAAAAGGCCGCCUCUGUCCAGGUUCAAUUGCCAGGGAAUCCUCCUUGUAGGGAGGAAAUGGGACCCCGAAGAAUGGUUUCCUUUUCCGAAGAGAACAUCCAGUCCACUCGAUCAUCUAAUAGGCAGCUCUAUCGCUCACAAAAUGACUCGACCGUCUCAGAGGGCGAAACAGAAAUCAUCGAAUUGUUGGAAGACCAUCUCGCAGAUGAAGAGGGGAGCGUAGAUUUGGAACCGUUUCUUCUGCCUUAUGCCAGACAAAACACACUGGAAGAGCUUGAGCAAAUCGACUGGGCCCAGUUCCUCUCGCCCGAAAGUGAUCUUGAGAAUAAAGGACCCCGAGUUCAGGAGAUCCCUUGAAUGACUGAAGGGACGACAGAGAUAUGGUUCCCUUGGUUGCCAUAUAUGAGAUAUGGGGACAUGUUUAUUGAACUUUGAAAUGUUUAGACAGUUUUCAAGCUUUCAUACACCUAUUGACCGACUUUUUGUUAAUAAAUCAUACACAUACACAUUA